ACUAAGAAAAACAGCUACCACACAGAGUUUGCAUCCACCUAUGUGCCAUCUUUAUUAAGAGUCGUAUAUAUUAUCAUGUAUCUGAGGCUCCUUUCCUACUUGAUUUUAUGGUUAUCCGUCUAUUCCACACACAUUGCCGGACUCGUUCCUAAGCCAACAAAUUAUGAUAUCACUACAUCAGCAUGCAGUCUACUCUAUACCCCAAUUUAUCAACAUAAUUAUCCAUCAUGUUUGAUACUAACAAACUCUCUAAGGAAUUUUGAAUCUCGACUAGCGCUAAGACAUAUCCCAAUUGAUAAGCCUACUGAAAUAAAAUGCAGCAUACACAGAAUAAGGUGGAGAUCAGAGAUGGAUGUGAUGAAUCUGAGUAUAAACUAUGGCCAAGUGGAUCAAUGGAUGAAUCAUGUGAGUAGUCACAACUUAUGUGUGUGUGUAUAAUUCACUCAUAAUCUCAUAACAGAUAACAUCACUAUUCAUGACCAAGAAAUAAGUAUCACAUCAAAUGAGAUUUGGGGUGUAUUACAUGCUCUGGAAACAAUACUUCAACUGGUGUAUACAAAUGAAGUUGGAGAGGUUUCGUUUGUUUUGUCUUUUUCUGUGUUACCUUGACUAAUUGUACUUCUUCUUUGUGUAGAAUUUGAUUUUUAAAGGUAGGAUAGAAGAUGAUCCGGUAUUCGCAUAUCGAGGAGUAUUGGUCAAUACUGGAAGUAACUUUAUACCUAUGGAGUAUUUAUUCAAAACAAUAGAUGCUAUGGCAAUGGUUAAAAUGAAUGUAUUCCACUGGCGUGUAACAGACAGUCAAUCAUUCCCUUUUGUAUCUUCAACUUAUCCAGAAUUAUCAAACAAGGGUGCUUUUCAUCCACAAUUUUGCACAUAUGAUGAAGAGGAAGUUGCCGAUUUGUUGGAAUAUGCUCGUCUUCGUGGAGUACGUGUUAUUUCAGAAUUUAAUACACCAGAUCAUACAUUAUCAUGGGGAAAUGGUUAUCCUGACAUACUAACAAAAUGCUAUAAAGAUUCUGAACCAGAUGGAAAUUUAGGUCCAUUGAAUCCAACUAAUCCUGAAACUUUCACAUUUCUGGAGAAUUUUUACAAAGAAGUUGUCACUCGAUUCUCUGACAGCUAUCUUUACCUUGGUGGUGAUGUUGAAUUUUUAAGUUGUUGGAAAUCUAAUCCUGAAAUAGUUCAGUUUAUGGAUAGUAUGCAAUUCGGUGACGAUUAUGGUAAACUAGUCACGUACUACAUGGACAGGCUUGUAGAAAUCAUUGAAAAUGUGACAGGGUCUGAAAGUACAAUUACACCAAUUCUACAUGAAUCAGUGUUUACAAAUGGAUUCCGCAGCAAAACCAAUGCAAUAAUUCACGUAUCCAGUAGCUUGGAUCGGAAAACUGUGACACAAUUAGCUACUACAGAAGGAUUUAACGUUAUAGUUACUGGUGAAUGGCAACUUGAUGUUUGGUUGAGUGCAGAUGACUGGAAACAGCAUUAUGAGCAGGAUAUCAGAGACUUUGGAGGUACAGAUGAACAAUCACAACUGGUUAUUGGUGGAUUAGCUGCAGUAUGGGGAAGACUCGUAGACGAAACUAAUCUCAUAUCCCUAUCAUGGCCUAGAGCUGCUGCUGCAGCUGAACGUCUUUGGUCUCGAAAUCCUGAAGAUAUCGAAAAGUUCGGUGAACGAUUAAGUGAACUUCACUGCAGGAUGGCCAAGAACAAUAUCCAAGGAUAUCCGGUGAAUGGACCUGGUUUCUGCCCACCUUAGACAGUAUCCCCAAUCAUUUGUGUACUUUUAUUUAAUGUUGUUUGUCAAUGAUACCUGUUUCAUAUUGAGCAUAAUUCUAUCCAAUAUAUUCUUAAUUCACG